AUCAAUUACAGUUCACAAAUCCUCUGUUCAUACAUUCAGAGGCGUCUGAAGCCAUGCCACCCAGAAAGAGCAGAGACAAAGAGGUUCAGCCAGCCCAGGCUGAACAUGCAAAUGAUCCCAUCACUUUUCUCCCAGUGUCACAUUUGGCAAAACGGUCCUAUGGCAAUCCAAUUUUCAAAGAAAGAGAUGCAGACCGCAGAGAUGACUUUGCUGAAUCAAGUAAUGUGUUUAGAGGUAUGACUGAGCGUCUGGAUUUAGCAUUCAAAGAACAAAACCAGGCUAUGCGGAGACUUGUUGAUAGUCAAGCAGAAUCCUCCAUACAUGAGGAAGAGUUAAUUAGACAAUGUAUAGAAGAGAUGAGACGGGUCUUUGAAAAAGGCACUAGGGUGAUGCGAGAAACUGGGGAAGAAAGUCACAGACCAUUGCAGGCUGUUUCAGAACAAGUGGUUGAGCAAGUGCGACAACCCAGACUUGAGAUCCUUCCUCCAGUCGUUGAAAUGCCCAGACAGAUUCAAGAAGCCCCAAUCCUAGCACUCGGGGGGCAAGGGAAUCAGCUUCAUCCCAAUAUUCAACAGCAGCAUUUUGUCAUUGGUGAAGGGCAAAGACAACACCAAUUGAUGGAGGCUGCUACUCCUGUUGCAGACCAUGGGCCAACCUUGAGGCCAUUGGAAAAGAUUGAUAAGGGUAUCUUGAAAUUUCCAGACAAAGCGAAGGAAACCAUGGGAGUGGAUGCAGACCCUUUUCCAGCUGUGUCUGUCGGCGUGAAUGUUGCAGACCUCAGGAGUGUUGCCAGAAAUCGCAAUCUGCCUUAUGCUCAAAGGAACCUUGCUACUGAAGACUUGCGGUGGGUUCUUGAGGCACAGAGAUCCAGACAUAGCAGGAGCGUCAAGUCAGACCAGCAGAGGCUCGGGGGGCAAGGAAGGAUCACUGUGACCAGGAACUUCAGUCCAGAAGGUGCCAAACGUUAUUCAACUGGUACUAGAUCUCCAAGGAUGGUCAAACCGCCACUCAGGUCACCUUCCAGACGGUGGGAAAAAAUCAGUCAUCCCAAGUUUCCAGCCCAGAAUCCCAGAACCUUGAGGCACAGACUGCAGCGCAAGAGGGCUGAAGAGCGAAAAAGACACCAGAAGCAGGUGGAGGCUGAGGACAGUUCCUCUCGCAGACCACGCCAACCUACUAAAAGGAAUAUGGUCUGGGUGAGAAAAGAGAAAAAGGAGGCUGUAACUCAGACUCUACAAAAGGAGGAUGACCAAUCUCCAGCCUCUCCAAAGGUGGCGUCUGUCAUUGUGAGUCCAGACGGAGUUUUGAAAGCAACUUUUGAAGCACAAGAACAGUCUAGGAAUCGUGGAGCUGAAUCAAAAGAAGAUGGCACUAUUCAUUU